AUGGUGGACGUUUACUUGCCUAUCGAAGACCGACAAAUUCUGGCGCUGUCCAUCCCGUUUGUCGACAUUGAAAGACUUUCCCUGCGCCCUGUCAAGUGGCUUCGUUCUCUUGUCUUCACAGUUUGUGGGGUCCGUGGAGAUCUCUCUACGACGCCCAAUGGCCCGCCCGUCGACUACGACACCAGUACCCUGGAUAAUUUGGAUGAGCGAUAUUUUUUUGUUCCUGAGGGGGAUUAUCGCAUCGUAGAUUUCUGUGGAUUGGAUGACCAAAUAACAUCCAAUGCGCGAACUUUACGGUCUUCAAAUUUCCAUAGAGAUAUAAUGGACCGAGACGGUCCGGCGUGUGUUUUUACAAUGAUGGGAGAAGCAGAUUGUCAAGCAGCGCACCUACUCCCCAAGAGCAAGGGGGAUGAAUACAUUCAACUCGUUCUUCAAGAUCGUCAACAUCUCUAUAACCUUGAUGAAGAACCCGUUGAUCUGACCAUCAACUCGCUUGAAAACGGUUUGUUUUUGUACGUGACAUUACAUAAUCGUUUUGGGCGAGGGAGUAGCGCAUUCUUAAAAACUCCCAACUUCGCUUUACAACCUGACGAUAUCCCUCGUGUUGAAACAGGCCCAAUGCCAUCCAAUCGCAUCACCCUCCAGCAUUUUGAAGCAAUGACUAGUUAUUUACAAUCGAUACCGCAAUUUGAUGCAGAUAUGAGGGGCACAGGCACACCGCGUCCAUCCACCAUCAUCCUCGACUAUAUGUAUGGCGUUGCUGCCUACCGGCGCUGGGGCGGUGGACAAGAAAUCAAGGAAGUGAUGCAACAACGUUUCAUGGAACGCUACGAGUCAAUCCCGAUACCGAUACCAGACCCUCAGGAUUUUAGUGAUGAUACUGACACAUCCCUGGAGUCCGAUAACUCCAGAGAUCUCAGUUAUCAUCCACCAGUGGGAAGGAAACAGCCACGAAAAAAAGACUCAGAUAUGUCGCCUGAAAUGCUUCAGGCCAUGGAUGAUCUUCAUGUCCUCUCCAUGUUGAUCAAGGGUACGACCCCUGAAUUGAUGGCUGCAGAACGAGAGAGACAAGCGGAGGUGGAAGAGCUCCGUGUGAAGGAGGCUAGUAAAAUGAAGGUGCAGCAGUGGAUGCAAAACUCGUGUGUUCCAUACCUCUGGGCUAUUUCUAACUAA